UUGCAGACAGGAGCACCAUCAGUUGAAGGGCACCGCAUUGAGAGUUGCCAAUUUGAGUAUCACAUCAUUCACAGUGCAAGCUACAAUGUUCCUGUUCUCUACUUUACAGCAUGCAAAUCAGAUGGAAAGCUGCUUACCUUGGAGGAGGUGUGGAGCCAGGUACCAGGGUCUUAUCAGGAGAGGUUGAGGCAUCAGAGAUGGACAUUCAUCACACAGCAGGAGCAUCCUCUACUCGGGAGGCCCUUCUUUCAGCUCCACCCAUGCCGAACAGCAGAUCUGAUGAAGUCUGUUGCACCAAUCAGUAAAGGGAACUAUGUGAUGACGUGGCUGAGUUCCGUUGGGCCUGUGGUGGGUCUAGAAUUACCUCUGGCUUUCGCCAAUCUCUGCCAAGCAAGGUGAGACAGCCUGCAGCUUUAUACACGUAAACCAUCGACAGCGAACACGUGGACCAACUUCAGGACCAACUGUGGCUCUAAGGUAGGUUUUCCAUGGUUCAGUUGUGGACCAUCUACUGCUGAAAUGAACAAAGUUCCGACCUGGUUCAGCUAAAAUUUGAACCAACAGGAACUGAAAGAUGGAUCAUCUACAUUUUGAAUAUGGAAUACCUACAGCUCCAGUGAAGACUGUGUUUAGGGCCAUCUUUAGCUGAAUUGUGGACCAUCUUCAGGACCAUCUGAAGUUGAAGUGUGAACUAUUUGCAGCUCAAACCUAGACCAUCUUCAAUACCAUCUUUAGCUGAAAUCUGGACCAUCUUUCAGCUCAGAUGUAGACUUCAGGACUAUCUUUAGUUUAUUGUGUGGACCUAGCUUCUACAGCUCAAAGAUGGGAUGACCUACAACUUAAAUAUGGACUUCCUACACAGCUUAAAUGUCUUAAGGUGACUUGUAGACCAUAGUCAGGACUAUCCACUCCUCAAAUGCAGACCAUCUUUUGGACUAUCAACAUUUCAAAUAUAGACACUCUUCUGGGCCUUCUCCAGCUCAAAUGAAGACCAGCUCCUUGACUAUCUCCAUUUUAAAAUGUUCACAUUUUCCUUGACAGUGCCAUCUUUAGAGACAUGUACACCAAAUUGAGGGCACCUACUAACCUAAUGCCUAUAUUAUUUGAAGAUUAUAUUGUUUUGUUUUGUUCACCUGUUUUAAGCUUGAAAGAGUCAUUUUGGUUCUAUACAAGGUGAGGAAGUCAUAAAUAAUGACCUCUCAAAUGGUCAUAUCCUGGGCCAAAAUUUUUGCUCCAGUCCAACACUUGGAAAAAUGUGCCCAUCUUUUUUUACCCCAUACUGACACUUCUCCCUGUUGAGCUUGAUGCCCAACAACAUUACAUCUCUGCAACAGCUUGCGUAGACGAGUAUUGCAUUCUGCUUUUUCACCAUCCCGGACAAUAAUAUCAUCAGCAACUCAGCGUACUCCAUUGAGUCCCUCAAGUGUCUGAAACAGUCUCUUCUGGAAUGUCUUGCUGCUCACCUUUAGUACAAAUGGUAACCGCUUCCAUCUUUGUCUCCCCCAAGGCGUAGCGAACGUCAUUAGUAGACUAGAGUCUUCAUCCAAGACACGAUGGAGAUGACCAUCUUUCCGGUUGCAGACUGAGAAAAGACUUGCUUUCGGCAACGCCGGUAGUAUGUUUUCAAGUACUGGUAGGGGGUAAGAUCAAUUUUACCGAAGUAUUCAUUGUUUGCAAGAGAGGCAAAUAGAUCUUGCUGGUUAGGCAUUAGUUCGGGAUCGAAUACAGUUAUCUUGUUCAGGCGACGAAAAUCGAUACAAAACUGAUUUGAACAAUCCGGCUUUCUCACCAUCACAAUCAGAUGCGCAUAGGGAGAGUCUGACUGCUCCCCUAACUUCAACAUCGACUCAACCUCUUUCCCAAUCUCACUCUCUACAGCUUGAGGUAUCCUAUACGGAGGAGAACAAACAAGUUUGUCACUAGUCAAAUGAAUCUUGCAUUCAGCCACUGAAGUUUUCUUAGGAACAUCCGUUAAAACAUCUUGAUAUUCACACAACAAUUUCCUGACCUUACCCUGGGAUUCCUUACUCAAUUUCUCAUCAACCUAAACAUGAAUUACAAACUCCUUCUGUACAGAAUAUGGCAUGUCAGGUAGACCUCUCAAGUACUCCUCGACCUUCUCAAUGUUCCUUAUGUGCAUAUAAAUACUACAUAAUCCAUAACAUGUGAAAUGAGCAAACACAAAACACAUUGUUCUUAAAGUUUUAAAAAGUUUUUUAUUACAUGUACAUUCAAUAACCAACACUAUCUUUUUUUUAACAACUUAUUUACAAUUUUCUUUAUAACUAUACAGUCAUGUAAAAUGGGCUAAUACAAAUACAAAUAAAUGUUUUGAAAGUUAAAAUGACACCUUAAUGACAAUCAAUAACCUACACUUUAUUUUUUUUAAACAAUUUGUUUACAACUUGUUUUCACAACUACACAGUUCAUAUACAUGUAAAAUGGGUGAAAAACAAUACACAUUGUUUUAAAAUGAAAACAUGGGAUAACCAAUCUUCCCUUUUUCCUGAACUUUUUAAAACUUUUUUCUUUCAAUUACACAAUCCAUAUACAUUAAAAAUGGGAAAACAUAAUGUGACCUUCAAUUCUGACAUCACACGGUAGCAACUCCUGAUAACGAAGUGUUGGGUGUUGCUUAACAUAGUCAGAACUGAUGGUAGUAACCUGUGAACCUGUAUCUAAGAUGGCGAUACAGGGCUGUUCGCUUACCACUACAGUUGUGCUUGUCACUGGUCCAAUAAGCUCACCAUAUGUUGGUCGCUUUACUGUCUCAUGUCUCUUUGGGUAGUUGAUAUGGCUCUCUGGGCAUUGAAUGUUUGCCAUACCCACAGACUGCCCACUGUCUGUAGGCUUUAGGCGUUUAAAGGACGGGUUGAUGACUCUUGCGAUCCUUGUUGUUGUGGUGUGGGUCGCUGAGGUGUUGGGUCCUGCUGGAGGCCUGGCUGGGGGCCCUGUUGGCGCCUUCUUGGUUGACGUUGUGGACACGAACGGGAAAAAUGUCCUGGUUGGUGGCAUGUGUAGCAGACAUCAUUACCUAUUGGAGGAGGUGGCCCCAUGACUAGGCUCUCAAGUCUGUCUAAUCUUGCUCUUGAUCGUUGUUGAUCAUCGAGGACUUGGUGUAGAAGACUAGAUGUUUGUUCUUGAAAUGCAUGCAUUUCCUUCAGAGUUUUGGUUAUUUCGUCCAACUGAUUAUUAUGAGUGACAGGAGUAGGCCUCACGUCCAUUCUGUAGGAGUUGGCCCCUUUCCGCUGCUUCUGUUCCUCAUCUGUAACCUUCAGUUCCCGCCUGAGCUCUCGAAAAGACAUAUCCCUGGGCCUCAUCGGGGCCAAAGGACUUUUCACGUCUUGGUCGCGGAGCCCAUACAUAAAUUGGAUAGUCAGCAUUUCAUCUCUAGCUUUAGCCUCCGCUAUUGCUGAACCAGCACCCUUCUCCUUGGCCACUCUAAGUUUGGCCUCCAGGGCGAUGGCAUAAUCCGAUGGUGACUCGUUGGGAUGUUGCAUCCUAGCGUAGAAUGCCGCCAUUGGAGAUGCUGUCCACUCUCUCUCCCCAUACUCUUCGAGUAGCUCGCCGAACGCGGCCUCUGGGGUGCAGCUGGAUGGUUCUCCCAACUCUAGAUUUAAUAACAGAUCUCGUGCCCUGCCCCCAGUGUGCCUAACAAUUUCGUUAAACUCAGCACGAAGUGGCAUUGAUCCCUUAGAAUCUAUCACAUAUCUCAUAUCCCGUACCCAAUCCUCCACCUUUACACCCCCUCUACCUGAAAAAGGUCCCAACAGUCUUUAUUUGAUGCGAUGUUACGCAUCUCAGAGUAUAGUUUCAGGGUUGCUGGGUAUGUUCAGGCAUCGGGUCCAUACCAGCGAUUUGAAGGGGUGUCGCCAUAGGCCUACCGAGGCUCCAUGGUGGGGGCGUUUCAAGGGGGGUCGCUCCAUCUGCUCCAGCAGGGCGAUGUUGCCCGCUGACCGGAGUCUUGACGUCACCGGGUACAGGGGUCUCCAUCUCGCGCUGCACACCUCGAUGAUGCCGUGUUGGUUUUCUUUGAUUUGUUGAAAGACUAAUGUCAGUAUUAGUUGCUAUUGUUUUUUUUUUUUUUUACUAUUUUCGCUUAAUAUGUUAAGGUAAGCUAGGAUCCAAGUUCUCCUUGUACUUAAGCCUUCCCGGGUUUCGGCACCAAAAUUAUGUGACCUCCUAUUUGUGUACAGGACGUGUUUGAAAUAUAAUUAUAACAACUGAAAUUAACUAAUUGAUUACAAGGUUCUACGAGAAGGCGGUAAUAAAGGGAGAGUCUGGAAUCUUUUGCUUUUACCUUUCAACUGAACAAAAAGUUCUUUUAUUAACUAUUCCAAAGCUAGCACAAGACUCAAAAGUAUAUGAGUACAAAACAAUGAUAAAUACAGUACGAUCAAAGAAAACCAACACAGCAUUGAGGUAGACUACUCUGCAUCUGUAUGGUCCUAAACAAAAAUAAAACAAAGUCAUGAGCAUAAAAGAAACAACAGUCGUAAACGAAGCAGACUCUAGCAAUCGUUAACAUACAGUAUAUCCUACAGGUAUCGACUAUCAUGCUAUCUGUAUUCGCAAUCAAACUAUGAGGGGGUUUUAUACAAGUCAAAGUACCUGCAAUGCAUGCCUAUUCAUUUACACAAACAACAAACUGGAUAAGAAUACAAAUGUAUACUAUUACUGGUCAUCUUGAUAUGAGAAUAAAUGUGACCUGUACGAUACAUUUCUUACAUUUAAGAUACCACCGCUACCGCCAACAUAAUAUAUAACAAAUAUCUUAUGGCGAGAGUCAAACAAAAAUGUGUGAUAUGUAACCAAAUUCUACAUACAACCAAAGAAAAAUGACUAAUCACCUUGAAUAUGGAACUGCAACAGUCAGGGUCCUGUUUUUGAAGCUUACAGAGUAGGCGUGAAACCAGUAGAUUCAUCACCUAUGAACAUAACCCAAACAAGAGCAUGUACCAUCAUAAUGAUUCGGAUGGAUUGACAAA